ACUGCCAUUUAUCAUUUAGUGAGUUUAUCUGAUCAUAUUCUAAAAGUUGCAUGUUAUGGGCAAGGCGAGUCUGCUUGUAGAAGAAGAACAGACAACUAGCCAACCUUCACACUACUAAAUAAGAGGCCACCAAGACAUCUCUUUCUCCAUCAUGGAUUACUUCGCUCAAUGCAGCUUCUGAAGCAUAUUUAGAUUGGACAGGAUGAGAAUGGCCGCUUCAAAGAGCCUCAUCAUAAUAGCAUUAUACUCGUGGCUUUGUUCAAGCUCCUACUCAUUCGAGGCUAAUUCCUCAGAGGGGUUGUUGAGAAUUAGUUUGAAGAAGCGGACACUUGAUUUUGACAGUGUAAAUGCUGCUAGAAUUAGCAGAGCAGGAGACCAUUAUUACCUUAGAGAAAAGGGAUAUACAAGAAGGAAUCAAAUGGACCCGAAAGCAGAAAUAAUAUAUCUGAAGAAUUAUCUCGACACCCAAUAUUAUGGAGAGAUCGGUAUCGGCACGCCACCGCAGAAAUUCAUGGUCGUCUUUGACACCGGAAGCUCCAAUGUUUGGGUGCCAUCUUCAAAAUGCCUAUUUUCUAUUAAUUGCUAUUGGCAUUCCAGAUACAGCGCGAGACUGUCGAGUACUUACUCCAAGAUUGGAAUACCAUGUAAGAUCCACUACAGCUCUGGUUCAAUUUCCGGAGUCUUUAGCCAAGAUAAUGUCAAAGUUGGGGAUAUUAUCGUCGAAGAUCAAGAGUUCGUUGAGGCUAAGAAGGAGGGGUUUUUAGGUUUCUUAGCUGCUCAAUUCGACGGGAUACUUGGGCUCGGAUUUCAAGAUAUUGCUGUUGGUGGAACUACACCAUUGUGGUAUAAUAUGAUGCAACAAGGUCACGUUCCUCAGCAAAUAUUCUCAGUCUGGUUUAAUCGAGACCCUACGUCGACUCUCGGUGGCGAGAUUGUCUUUGGCGGUCUAGAUUGGAGGCACUUCAGGGGCGAACAUUUUUACGUCCCACUUACUGAACCGGGUUAUUGGCAGGUCCAGGGGGAUGCGAUUUUGACGUUUAUGUUAUUAAUUAAUGUGGGCGACAUUCUUGUAGCCGGCAAUUCAACAGGAUUGUGUGACCUCGGUUGUGAAGCCAUUUUAGACACGGGAACAUCUUUUCUUGCCGGUCCAACUAGGACCAUCGCUCAAAUUAAUCACGCGAUCGGAGCGGUAGGAAUUGUGAGCUUUGAAUGUCAAACUGUCGUCUCCAAUUAUGGAAAUCGAAUAUGGGAAUAUCUGCUAUCAGGGCUCAACCCGGAAACAAUAUGCGUGGACAUCGGACUGUGUUUGUACAAUGGAUCCCGGCAUUUUAGCACACGAAUGGAUAAGACGUUCAACAAUGGCACUGAAAAGGGUUCUUCGGUCAAUGAGACCGCUCUAUGUACUUUCUGCGAGAUGAUUGCCUUUUGGAUUCAAAUGCAGCUCAAGCAGCAGAAAGCAAAGGAUCGAGUUUUCAAAUACGUAAACGAGCUGUGCGAGAAGUUGCCGAACCCAAUGGGGAAAUCCUUCAUCAACUGCGAUAACAUCGAGAACAUGCCACACGUUUCGUUCGUCAUCGGCAAUAAGUCCUUCCCGCUUUCUCCUCAACAACAACUACGCAGUAUACUCUCAGAGUCGGAGAAAGAUGCUCGACGAUCUGUGUAAGCGGAUUCGUUCCUCUGGACGUCCCGAAAGGUCCUCUCUGGAUUCUCGGGAACAUGUUCAUGGGAGCAUACCACACGGUUUUCGACUUCGGCAAUCUCAAGAUCGGAUUCGCAAAAGGGGCCUAGAAAUCUCCGACGAAUGGCGAGCCUGUAAUUCGCCAAUGUUGAAUAAUGUUGUGGCGUGUGAUAUUUUCUAAAUCAGCAUGCAUGAAAGUGAAAGUGAGAGCUACUCUUGUCCUUGUACAAAAGCUAGUAUUUCAUGAACUGUCUUGUACAAAUUGUCAAGCGCCAGCGCGCAGAUUGUGGUGUUUUGUCUCAGCACGGCAGUUUGUAUCAUUACCAGAUGUCAUAUUUCAAUGAUAAAGUUUCUGAAUUUCCUCUGAAA